AUGAUUUCUCCUUCUUCCCUUCUGUCUUUCUUCAUCUUUUCUCCCCUCUUUCUUUCAAUCAAUGCAAAAACCCUAAUCCAUGACACUUGUGAAAUUUGCUCUCAACAAGAUCCAUUUGUGAACUACAGAUUCUGCACCACCUCUCUCCAAGCAGCCUCUGGGAGCCGUCAUGCUGACAUCAUAGAGCUUGGAAAGAUCUCGAUCAAACUAGCAUAUGAUAACAUGACUGACACUCAGUCUUACAUCAAAAAGUUGCUGAAAAAUGAUAUCGAGAAGAUCAGUUCUUAUAUGAAGUUGCGUUUGGAUGACUGUCAUGAUCUUUACAAAGACUCUAUCUCUGAUAUUAAAGAUGCCACGAAAUAUUAUAAUAAUAAGCGUUACUAUGAGGCAAGUUUACAUAUGAGCUCGGUUAUGGAUGCUACUACCACUUGUGAAGAUGGAUUCAAGGAGAAACGUAUGGGUUUGUCGCCAUUGACAAAAAGAAAUAACGCUACUUUUGAAUUGGCUGCAAUUGGGCUUUCGAUUAACUCAUUCAAAAAUCUCCAAGAACAGUCAACACCUGCCAUGGUGGCUGGUGACAUGAACAGUUCCGACGGGAUGGUCCCGGUGAUGGAGUAUUUCUACGGGGUCUCUAUUGAAGAAGUGGAAGCUCCGCUACUCCGGUAUAUACUCCGGCGAAGCAACAGUGAAGGGAAGGAUCAUGUGGUGUUGUUAACUCCAAAGCAAAAAAGGAAUUCUAGUGAGGUUUCCAAAGUCGCCGACGGGUUCAAGGCUCAAACUCCUGUUCAUGAGCUAUUUUACGUGUGA